AUGCUGCGGGAGCGGGAGCCCGCGGACGUGACCGCCGCCCUGACCGCGGACACGGACACGGACGCCCCGAUUUCCAACGGAAGGGAGAAUCGGAUGCAGGUGAGCACCGCCGCCCUGGCCGCGGACACGGACGAGCCCGCGACCUGCCCCGAGGGCAGCCCCGCGGCCCGGCCGCCGCCCUGGGCGGUGCGCGGCGCGCUGUGCCUCGCCGCGGCCUGCGGCGCCGCCGGCCUGGCCGCCGCCGCGCGGCACCGCCGGGGCGGCGGGCCGCCGCCCCGGUCCCUCGUGGUGCCGCAGGAGGGCCGCGACCAGCUCGAGCCCCUGCCCGCGAGCACCGCGCCGUACGAGCUCCGGCGGAGGACUGGGUGUGGGAACUGGGCGGAGAUCCUGCUGGGGAGCGGGGUGCUGGUUGCGGGCGCGGAGGAGUGUGCGUCCAGGUGCACCCAGCGCGGCGACUGCAGGGCCUUCAACUACCAGUCCGGGGGCGUGGCGCUGCACUGCCACGCCGCCAAGGAGGCGAGCAAGGCUGGCAAGGGCUGGUGCUACCUCUUCGCCGAGGGGUGCCAGACCGGGGCCGACAAGUGCAACGACCUGUACGUGCCGCGCACGGCCGGCGUGAACUUCACGCUGGCGCGCCAGGGGACUGGGUGCGCCAAUUGGGAGAGGAUAGGCAUGGGCGAGACGACGGUGGCCGGAAGCGCUAGGCAGUGCGCUGGCUGGUGCUCCGCCUCCGCUGGGUGCAGGGGCUUCAACUGGCAGCCGAGCGCCUGCUCGGAUGGCGAGCAGGUGCAGCGGGGUGCCUGCAUCCUGUUCCGGAGCCUGUGCGCGGUGGAGGAGAACGCCUGCUGGGACAUGUACGAGGUGAACGGCCUCUCUCUCCUGGAGCUCACGGACGCACUGCGGCCCGGCUCUUUCGCCGACCCGGAGGAGGCCCUGGCGCAGUUCCCAAUCACCGUGCCUGGCUGCGACCUCGCGGAGCUCACGCUGGAGGCGAACGUGGACCUGCAGGAGCUCUUCCUGGACAGGGUCAAGGGCACGGUCGCUGGGGCCCUUGCGAACGAGGGGCUGGAGACCGGGAGCAUUGCCGUCGAGCUGUUCGACGGCAGCGGCUCGGUCAUCGCGAACUGCGUGAUCAAGACCGGGGACGUGGCCGCAGUUGCCAGUGCGCUCACCGCGAGGAAGGGCGAGAUCGCCUCCGAUGUCUGCUCCGCGCUCGCGGCGGCGCCAGGCCUGGCCAGCGUGGCCUGCCUGGGGGAGGGCGCCUGCAGUGCUGGCGGCGCGAUCGUCGCGAAGCUGGCGGACGGCUCCGCUGGAACGUCGGCGCCGACGCUAGCUCCCACGCCUCCGUCCACCGUGGCCACAACUUCGACCUCCACGUCGGCCACCGAGGCUUCGACGAGCACGUCGGCCACAGAGGCUUCGACGAGCACGUCGGUCACGGAGGCUUCGACAGGCACCUCGUCCACCGUGGUCUCGACAAGCUUGCCCGAGCCAGCUCUGGAGAUCUCGACGACCGUAACGUUGAGCACGCCCGAGCCAGCUCUGGAGAUGUCGACGACCGCAACGUUGGCGACCACCACCAUCACCGAGACUACCGCCGGCAGUCUUCGGACCACCUUCACGCUCCCCGCCGGGUCGAUCCCAGACGACCCGGAGGCAGCGGCCGCCGUCCUGAAGAGGUUGGCGGAGGUGCUCGCCGAGGAGACCGGCGCGCACGCCUCUGCCUCCCUGGGCCAGCAGCACGAGCGGCGGCUCAGCGCGGCCGCGUCGGGGCAGGAGGUGGAGGUUACCUUCGACCCCGGCUCCCCAGAGCUCGCCGCCCUGCUCGACGAGCGGCGAGACGAGCUGACGUCCAAGCUCUCCGAGACCGCCGCGGCCGCGGCGCGGGAGGCCGAGGACUCCAGGGCGCCGGGCGCGGCGACGUCGGCCAGCAGCGCCGACUGCGGGGACGGCGGCGACCAUUUCGACGCCAUCGUCUACGCUGUGCUCGGGGUCGGGGCGGUCGGGGCCCUGCUGCUGUGCGGCUACGCGGCCGUGGCUUGCUGCCACGAGGCCAAGAAGCGGGGGCGCGAAAGCCCGCGCGAGGCCCGCGAGCGGCUGGUGCCGCCGGGCGAGCAGGCGCCAGGCGCGGGCGCCGACGAGGGGGCGGCGGUGCAGCGGGCGCAGAAGCUCCCCUCCGUGGGCCCUGGCGGCGCCGAGGCGGAGACGAACCUCGUGGAGGGCGCGGCGGCCGGCGCCACGGCGCUGACUGUCAGGUCCACGAACGGCUUCGGCAGGGGCGACCGGGUCCAGAUCACGAGCCACCGGGGGAGCGAGACGAAGGUGGUCUGCGGCUUCGACGGCGACACGGGCGCCAUGCUGGUGCACACCGGGCUCUUCUACGCCCACGCCAUGGGCGCGUUCGUGAGCAAGGUGAGGGGCCCCCGGCCCGCCGACACCACGCCCACGGGCGUCGACGACGGGCCCCCAGAGGAGCCCGACGAUGCGCCCCUGAUGAUUCCGCCCACGCCCCGGAGCUCCUCCAGCCGCUCGGGGAGCCACUGGAGCGGGCCGGGCGACGCCGCUGAGGCUGCGGGCUGGGCGGUCACGCUGGAGGCGGGCAGCGCGGGGAGGCCGCUGGGCCUGUCGCUGGUGCCAGUGGAGGACGACGAGGGCGGGGCGCUGCUCGUGGGCUGCGUCCACGACGAGAGCCGGGCGAGCGACUGGAACGGCGAGCUCCAGGCGACCGCUCCUCCACCCUUCUGCACGAGCGAAAUGGACACUGAAAGAAUGGGUACACUGCCCAACAGCGGAUCCUCGAAGGGGCGGCACGCUGCUGGUGGGGCUCUCGAGGGCGGACCACCGGCUCGUUGUCUUCAACGCCGACAGGGCCGAGCUCUGCGACCAGUGCGAGAGGCCCAUCGCCGUCGGCUCGCGCACUCGGUGGUGCGACCCGUGCGACUGGUGGCUGUGCGGGGACUGCUGCCCCGCGGGCUCCGCCGAGGGGUCGAGGGUGCGGCAGUUUCGGUCACCCGCUGGCAGACCGAAGUUGCUGGCGGUGCACGUCUUCGGUGCCACGGGCCUGGGGUCGCCCGAGAGGACGGACAAGUGGUGCGAGGUCGCCGUCGCGGGGAUGAGCUGCCCCUCCGGCCCCAGGACCGACGACUGCCUCGCCUGCGGCGACCCGACGUGGGGCAAGACGCUGGCGUUCACCGAGGGCGACCGGGCCGACGACGUCGAGUUCGUCGUCUACGAGAGGCUCCAGGGAGAGAGGCGGCUGGUCGGGCGCGCACGGCUGCUCGGCGUGAACCUGGCGCCGCACGGGGACGCCGGCGAGCAGGAGCUUCCGCUGCACGACUGCCCCGGCGGGGCCAGCGGGGCCCUGCUCAAGGUUCAGGUGACGAUGACCUACCGCUGGUGAUAAAUAUCCCACAGGUGGGCAAGCGGCACGAGGUCAGCUCGCGCCCCCGCACGGGGGAGCGGGCCCUCGGCGAGCCCCCGACUUUGCGGCCGAAGUCCCGCGCCGAGAUGGCGCCGCGCGCGCAGGCUCAGUGCGGCAUGCCCGCGCCGUGGCGCGGCUGCGGCUUGGAGCCCCACGGUCGUCUAUCAGUCCACCAGCCUGGCACCCCGCCGCGGAGCGGCCCCAGGGCCACCUCGGCCUUACGCGCCGACCUCCACUUGUGGGACCUGCACACGGGCUCCGACACUCAGGGUGUGGAUCCGCCGCCAGGCCUCUCCGGCUCCGAAGCAGGCUCACGGGUGCCGCCUUUGGUCGACCUCCGCGCGGCCCUUGCCUCGGAUGGGGUGCAGCUGUUUAGCAGCGGGAGUAUGCCGUGCACUGCGGCGUCGCCACUUCUGUCCGAGCGCUUCACGGUCGCCGACGGUGACCGCGCGGCCAGCGGAACACCCCUGAGCGCGGACUGGCAUCGUGUCUCCGGGGAUUCGCCCUCCCAGGCCAGGCAACUGAGGUCCCUCGGCUCCGAGCGGUCGGCAACCCUGCCAUGGACCGAGAGAGUCCCGAGCGAGUCCGUGCCGGCCCCGCCGACCCAGGCGCCUCUUCUUCCCAUCGCGGAGGUGCAGCCAAAGCUGGGCGGGUCGAACGGGGGGCCGGGGGACCUCGGCGCAGAGCCGAGCGCGGUCGCUAGUUGCAGCGACCCAGGAUCGCUGGCUGCGCCACGUUGUACGUUGCAGACCCCCGCGAUGCCUACUGCCGCCAUGCGACGCACGCAAGCUCGCCCGGAGGCCGACCUGGGGGCCGCCCGUACCACGGCCGCGGCGCUCCCGCCCUUCCGAGCCAGCACCCUGUCCCCCUUGCCAGGGUGCCGCGCCGACGCCCAUAGCGUCGCGCCGCGCGCCAACUCUGCGCCUGCCCUGCUGGCCGGGCGCUCGCUGGGCGCAGCGGCUAUGCUGCGCGCUACCCGCGAGCAGGCUGCCAAUGCGACCACCGCCGGAGCGGCGCAACUCAGGGCUGUGCUUCCGUGGGGCCACAGCGCAGAGCGCAGCAAGGAGCGUGCGGAUAAGCCCACGGCUAGCUAUCGCGACGUGGUCGAGGCUAGGGCUCAUUCGGGCGCCCAGGCGUCGCAUCCGCGCGAGCGCCGUGGCGUCGGGCGCCUGUGCUCUGCGGCGCCCGUCAGGCCACGGACCGCCAUUAGUUGCGUUGGCCGCUCCCGCUCCGCAGCACCUGCCGCCACGCGCUCGGCUGCGUUUUCCGAGACGAUGUGCGCUAUUGACCGCAGGUGGCGCGAGCACUCCCCAGGACUCAGGCCUCUGAUCCUGGACGGCACGGACCGCCAGUCGGGAGCCGCGCCGAGCACCGGCGAGGUCGUCGAGGCCGCCCGCGCCGAGCAACGCGGCCGCACCUCGCGUCGCAAGCGCAGGGAGCCGCCGAGCGUCUGGCCUGCCUCUGCGGCGGGGCGGCUGGUCGACCCGGCCCUGUGCCGACCCGGGCUCUAUCGUGCGCCCCCGCAGGCAUGCACGCAGCUCCCGCCCGGCUCCAGGGCCGGCCCCGCAGGGCCAGCCUUCAUUGCCUACUCCAACGCGCGGGCGGGGAGGGGACAUGCUGUCGCGGGCCGUUUGGCGACAGUGGUCGACGAUGUCGACGCGGGCGACGAAAUCUUGUCUCCGCGCGACCAGACCGCGGCAACGCGCGACGCCGCGAAGAAGCUGGCGCAGACGAGCGCCGACCGCUUUUCGGGAAAAUGCGACGGGCUUUGCGUCGUGAAGGCCUUGGUCGACGAGAAGCGAGCGGACCCCCGCCUGGACUUGAAGGGCGCGCGUUGGAAGGUCCAGACAAUCAAGGCAGCGGAGGAGAACGGGGAGGGCUCCGAGGUAGACGGCCACGCGCGCGCGGGCCGAUCCACCGAGGGCGACAUCGCGAUGGCCGCGCUGCGCGGGAGCGACGCGGCGCCCGAGGAGAUCGAUGGCAACGGCGAGGCGUCGCUCCUGACGCGCCUGCGGCGGCCGCCCAGCGCGCGCGUUCGGUAG